AUGGAUGCUUCACCUGAUUCUUCAGCUGCUUACUAUUAUGUAUCAACUGUUAUUGGUUUAAUAAUCGUUUUAGCAAUUCCAUAUCAAUAUUCACAAAUUAAAUGUUUAUUACAACGUAGAAAAAGACAAAUAAACAAUAACUUGAAUGAAAAACUUAAAGCAAUAGCUGAAGAAAUAUUAGAAGAAAACGAAGAAGGAAUUGAUAUCGCUCCGAUUCAUUCUUUCAUAACCGUGUGGUUUCACAAAAUAUGGAAUACUACGAUCCAUGUUACAAGUGUUGGUGAUAUGAGUGUUGGAGAAAUUAUUCUUUUAUUCGUUUUCAUUUUUUUUAAUUUAUUUUUCUUUCUUCAUCCGUUUCAAACAUCAAAUGCCAACUUCCCGACUAACCUAAACAAUAGAGCUGGUCGGAUUGGUGUGGCAAAUGCAGCUUUUAUAUUUCCGUUAGCUUCUCGUAACUCUAUAUUUUUAACAUUUUUGGGUAUACCUUUUGAACGUAUUAUUAAAUUCCAUAGAUGGGUUGGUAGAAUGAUAAUUUUUUGUAUAAUGUUUCAUGGCAUGGGUCAUAUACAAGAAGGAUAUGAAGCAGGCGGUGAUCUAACCGCAGCAAUAUUUGGAAGCACUGUUCGUACAAGAGGCUUUAUAGCUUUUCUUUCAUUAGCACUAUUGGGAUUAACUUCUCUUUCAAUAUUUAGAAGAAGAUAUUUUGAAUUUUUUUAUUGGGCACAUAUUAUUGGAUUCAUAGUUUUUGUUAUUGCAAGUAUUUUUCAUUUUUCGGAAAAUUUUUAUUUUGAAAUAAUCGGAAUUCUUCUUUACUCGAUUGAUGUUUCGAUCAGAUUUUAUCUCUCAAAGAAAAAUGCAAAAAUUAUAAAAUUAGAAACAAUUCAAAAUGAUAUAACGAAAAUAACCAUCAAAUACAACAUGUUUUAUGAAGCCGGUCAAUACAUAUUUGUAUACUUUCCAAAUUUAAAGAAACCAUUGUCAUCAACUUUAAUAAUUUGGCAUCCUGUAUCAAUAUCCUCGUCACCUACUUCUUUAUUAUCAUUAAACAACAAUAUAUCAACAAUUCAUCUAAAAAGAGUUGGUAAAUUUACCAAUUCGUUGUUUGAUAGAGCAAUAAGAGAAACAGAUGUGAUAAAUCCUACAUUGAAUAUAAGUAUCGAAGGACCGUAUGGUAAAUCAAGCGUACAAUUCAUGGAUUAUGAAACAGUAAUGUUAUUUUCUGGUGGAAUUGGCAUUACUCCAAUGAUUAGUAUUUUAAGAAGUCUAGUUGAUCGAUUAGUUUCUGGUAUGGCGAUUGCAACAACUACAAUUUAUUUCAUAUGGGUGAUUCCUAAUUUUGAUUCAUAUAAUUGGUUUUCAUCAGAAAUUCAAGAAAUUCAAGAAGUAUUUAAUAAUAGUUUAAAAAAGUCCAAUAACGAUAACAAGUACAUGUUAGAUAUAAAAAUUUUUGUUACAAAACCAAUUCCAAAUGAUAAUAAUACUAAUAGUAGUAGUGAUUCAGCUUUGUCAAAAAUAUCACACAUCGGUAGACCUAAAUUUGAAGGUAUAAUGCAAGAUGUUAAAAGACACCAUGGUUCGGGCGAUGUGGCUGUUGGUGCUUGUGGUCCAUCUCUUAUGCUUAAAGAUAUUACAAAUGCAGCUAUGUCACAAAGUACUCGUAAAGGUCUUUUCCUAGUACACACUGAAAUUUUUGAAUUGUAA